AUGUCAUCGAACCUUUUCACCAGAUGGCAGUCCAACUUAUUCAACCCGAAAGAAUUCGAGGAAAUUUUAAUUUUAUGGAAUAAGCUGAAGUCUAAUAUGACUGAAGAAACAGAGAAUCUAUAUCUCCAAUGCUUCAGCGAUUAUCUAAACGGAUGGAAGACAGUAAUAGAAUUGUCGAAAGAAGUUGAGGGCAUUCUUCCAGUUGAAGCCAUUGAUGAUCACAUGAAUUUGUUUUCUUUGAUCGUUAAUUUGUGUGUUGUGAAAGAUGUCAUGAAAGCUCAAAACAGUAUGAAGACAGGGUAUAAGUAUCUGGAUAAAGUUGAUGACUUUUUGCCUAGCCCAUUCAACAUAAAUGCUCUGUUCAUUUUGAGUUGCCUGAAGCACAACAUACACUUUCCCGAUUGUGAUCCUGGGAUGAUGAUCAAUAGGAUAGUUCGGUACGCUCUAAUGGAAAGAAUAGAAAGUGCAAUAAGAGUCAAAAAAACGAGUGCCGUGAACGACCAUGGUUUUAUCAAAUAUUUGGGUAAAAAAAAUGUGGCGACUAAUGAGCCAUGUGUUACACUAACAGCAAAAGACUUUUUUGAUUCCCUGCUGUUAACAGACUCAUGUAACAUAUCACGAUUGGAGAGACAGUUAGAAAAUUGCGAGAGCCAUACGAAAUUCUUUUACAAAAUGAUGAACAUUGCUGAUUCGGAUAGUGAGAAGACCGAGCAAACAUAA